AUGGUUCAACUAGCCCACAAUCUUCUAAGUGAAGUAGAGUUGAUCUCAACACACUUAGACUCAGCAGAGGGACAAAAGCUUUCAAAUUAUCAUCCAAAUGAUCGAAAUGAAAUUCGAAGAGUUUAUCUUAUGAAAGGUCCUUAUCAACCAAAGCUUCAAAUAUUUCCUCAAACAAAAAUAGGAGAUAAAAUGCAAGUAGGGGGGCAAGGUGGUGCUGAAGCAUUUAUUUCUGAGGGAUUUAACCAGUGGGAUAAAAAAACUUUAGCAAUGCAAUCUAGACAUAUUGAUAAGAAUUAUAAAAUACGUCUGACCGCAUCAUUUGAUUAUAAAAUACAUCGACUAAAAACUCAUUGUUUUGCUCAUCAACUACAACUUACCCUAGUUGCUGUCGCUAAAGAUCACACGAAAAUUGCUUAUUUUUUUAAUUGGUUGACUAUGCUUUUUAAUGUUGUUAGAGAAUCUAACAAGCGUCAAGAUAUGUUAAAAGAAAAACAGGCUGAGAAACUUUUAGAAAGACUGAAAAUGGGUGUGACUAAUAGUGGCAAGGGUUUAGACCAAGAAAGUACUCUUCGGAGAGAUGGUGACACAAGAUGGGGUUCUGAUUAUCAUUCUUUUGUAAAUUUGAAAAUUAUGUUUGAUGCAAUGAUUGAGGUGCUUGAUUUCUUUGCACAAGAUGGUAGAGAAAGAGAUCAAAGAGGGGAAACAUCAUUUUUGUCAAGAACUUUACAAACUUUUGAUUUUAUUUUUUGCUUGAAAUUGAUGUUAAAUAUUCUAGGGAUAACAAAUGUCUUGUCAAAAGCAUUGCAAAGGAGGGAUCAAGAUAUUGAAAAUGUCGUUAAGCUUGUAAAAUUUUGCAAAGAAGAAUUACAAAAGAUGAGAGAUGAAGGGUGGGAUUCCCUUUUGAAGGAUGUCAUAAACUUCUAUGAACAACAUGAAAUAUUCGUCCCUAUUAUGAAUGAUAAUUUUUUUGUCAAUGGGAAAUCAAGGCGUUACAAUGUGGCACUACUAUCUUGUUGA